AAGUUAGGUGUGUCCUUCAGGCUGACGCUAAAAUUCCUGCGUUCCGUCAGCGGGCUCCGCGAGAGUUCUGUGCUCGAGCGAACCGAACCGAGAGAAACGGAACGAUACGCACGCGACGGACUGUGGUGACCCGUGAGCGCGAUGAACGCGGUGCGCGUGACCCUGCUCGUGAUUCUGGGCUCCGUCCAGUUCUGCAGGGCCGAACCGCGGCCCGGAGCUCCAGAUGAGUUGUUGGUGAUCACUGCAGCUACAGAAGUGACGGAUGGAUUUCAGAGGUUCAUGCGGACAUUGAGACAGUUUAACUACACUGUUCAGGUUCUGGGUCUGGGUGAGGAGUGGCAGGGGGGUGAUGUGGCCAGGACUGUCGGUGGGGGUCAGAAAGUUCGCUGGCUAAAGAAAGAACUACAAAAACACAAAGAUAAACAAAACACUAUCAUCAUGUUUGUAGACAGUUAUGAUGUGAUUUUAGCCAGUGGUCCCGAGGAGCUUCUUGUGAAGUUUUCUCAGUUUGCUCAUCGUGUGGUUUUCUCUGCGGAGGGUUUCUGCUGGCCGGAUCAGAGACUCGCGUCUAAAUAUCCUGUAGUGCACAAUGGCAAGCGCUACCUCAACUCCGGCGGUUUCAUUGGUUAUGCUCCUGAGAUUCAAGCGAUAGUCCAGCAAUGGAAAUACAAGGACAAUGAUGACGAUCAGCUGUUCUACACCCGGAUCUACCUGGACAAAGAGCAGAGGAGGAAGCACAACAUUACACUGGACCACAAAUCACACAUCUUUCAGAACCUCAAUGGAGCUAUAGAGGAAGUCGUACUAAAGUUUGAGAAGUCCAGAGUCAGAGCUCGGAAUGUGGCCUAUGACACACUUCCUGUUGUCAUCCAUGGGAACGGGCCAACUAAGCUGCAGCUGAAUUAUCUGGGGAACUAUGUCCCGACGGCGUGGACGUAUGAACACGGCUGUGGUGUCUGUGAUGACGAUCUGCUCGAUCUCAGUCGGUUAUCUCAGGAGGAAGAGAUGCCGCUGGUUCAUAUCGCUGUAUUUAUCCAGCAGCCGACGCCAUUUCUGGAGGAAUUUUUGGAGAGACUGGCAACGCUAAACUACCCGCACACACGCUUACGACUCUUCAUACACAAUAAUGUUGUGUAUCAUGAGCAGCAUGUGGAGAGAUUCUGGUCACGUCAUCGUACUCUGUUUCCCGGAGCAAAGAUUGUCGGACCAGAGGAAAACCUCCGGCAGGAUCAGGCCAGGACUAUGGCAGUUGAGUUGUGCCGGAAGGACGUGUCCUGCGGUUAUUUCUUCAGUAUCGACUCUGACGUGGCUCUGACCAAUCCUGAUGUUUUACAGAUUCUCAUUCAAGAGAACAAGGGUGUCAUCGCACCCAUGUUGUCUCGACACGGCAAGCUCUGGUCAAACUUCUGGGGAGCUUUGAGUCCCGAAGGCUUCUACUCUCGUUCUGAAGAUUAUAUUGACAUCGUGCAGAGCAAACGAGCGGGUCUGUGGAACGUUCCCUACAUCACUCAGGUGUAUCUGAUUCGUGGAGAGACUCUUCGCACGCGUCUGGCUGCCGUCUCUCUGUAUCAGCAGGAGGGGAUGGAUGCAGACAUGGCCUUCUGUAAAAGUGUCAGAGACCAGGGUGUGUUUAUGUUUGUGUCAAACACAGAUGAGUUUGGACGUCUGAUCUCCUCCUCUAACUACAACAUCAGUCGUCUUCAUCCAGAUAUGUGGCAAAUAUUUGAUAAUCCCACUGAUUGGAGAGAGAAAUAUAUCCAUGAGAAUUAUUCCAGGAUAUUUGAGGAUGGUGCAGAUGUUGAGCAGCCCUGUCCAGAUGUCUACUGGUUUCCAGCGUUCUCUGAGAGGAUGUGUGAUGAUCUUGUUGAAACUAUGGAGCACCACGGCCAGUGGUCUGGAGGAAGACACAAGGACGAGCGGUUAUCUGGUGGUUAUGAGAACGUUCCUACAGUAGAUAUUCACAUGAAUCAGAUCCAGUUUGAGAAGGAGUGGCUGAAGUUUCUUAAAGAUUACAUCGCUCCCGUAACAGAGAAGUUAUACCCGGGAUAUUAUCCCAAGGCUCAAGCUGUGAUGAACUUUGUGGUUCGCUAUCGUCCCGAUGAGCAGCCGUCUCUCCGGCCACAUCACGAUUCCUCCACGUUCACCAUUAACAUCGCUCUCAACAGUAAAGGCAAAGAUUACGAGGGUGGAGGUUGCAGGUUUUUGCGUUACGGCUGUACGGUGGAGUCGCCGAGGAAGGGUUGGUCAUUCAUGCAUCCCGGUCGUCUGACACACUAUCAUGAGGGUCUUCCUGUCACACGAGGAACACGAUACAUCAUGGUGUCAUUCGUUGACCCGUGAGAGUGUGUGUGUGUGUGUGUGUGUGUGCGUUACUCUGCUAUUGAAACAUCAGAUGUUACUGUUGAGCAGAUUGUCACAAGUGCUGUCUACCUUCUGUUUCAUCCAAACAUUCACUCCAGUAGUUCUUUUCAAAAGUGAGAUGAAAUAGUUUUUUACUUGAUUUCAAUUGUUUUAAGAGUUUGUGUCUUUUUAUACUCAAAGCUUUGUACAAAUCGCUUUAAAUUAUUUGUUGGCUUUGAAAAAAAUAAAUAUUGAAAAGAAAAGACAGUGAGAAUGUGUGGUGGCGGAAACUCUUCAGUUCAUUGUUGACUAUAAUAUUAAAGGUCCGCUCGAAUUGUCCUACCUUGUCAGAUUUUCCUACCACAGCACAAAAAGGAAUAUAAUCUAAACCACAUCGACAAAAUAAACAUUUUUACAAUGCAAAGUACACUGUAAGAUUGUCCUACCAGUUUAAAAUA